CCCACAGUGUAGGGUGGGAAUCCAAUAUGGCGGCGCCCGUGGUCAUGAGUCUGGAGCCUGUGCAAAUGAGUCAUAAGAAAAAACGAGCUUAUUUGAAGAAAGAAAAACGAAGAAAAAAGAGGCAGGCUCUUGCAAAAUUAAGAGAUUUAGAAGAAAACAAAGAGGACAACAUUUCUGAAGAUGAACUGGAAGAUGAAAAUGUUAAUGAAAUUGAAAGACAAAAACAUCAUGAAGAAUGGCUGCUUCGGGAGCAGAAAGCGCAGGAAGAAUUCCUUCUAAAAAAGGAGAGGGAGGAAGCUGUGAGAAAACGUGAAGAGGACGAGAGAAAGUUAAUAGAAGAAUGGCGAAAACAGGAAGAAGAAAAAGAGAAAAAUGAAAACCAGGAGCAACAACAGAAGAAGAAAGACAGAGAGGAGGCUGUACAGAAGAUGCUGGAUGAAGCAGAAAAUCAGCUGGAGAAUGGCGAUACUUUUCAUAACCCAGAAACCCCGAAAGGAUAUGGCACAGAAAGGGAUAGAGCAAAUUGUCCAUUCUAUAUAAAAACUGGAGCUUGCAAGUUUGGGGAAAGGUGUUCUCGCAGGCACAACUAUCCAUCUUGUAGCCAAACACUCCUUAUACGUGGUAUGUUUAUAACAUAUGGUAUGGAGCAGUGCAGACGGGAUGAUUAUGACACCGAUGCCGGUCUCGAAUAUGGUGAAGAAGAGAUAUACCAGCACUUUUUAGAUUUCUACGCUGACGCGGUUCCUGAAUUUAAAAGCGUUGGCAAAUUGGUUCAGUUCAAGGUUAGCUGCAAUUUUGAGCCCCACUUAAGAGGAAACGUAUAUGUUCAAUACCAAACGGAGGAAGAAUGCUUGCAGGCAUUUUCCUUGUUUAAUGGUCGAUGGUAUGCAUCGCGACAGCUUCAGUGUGAGUUCUCACCAGUAACUAGAUGGAGAACCGCUAUAUGUGGUUUAUUUGAAAGACAGAAGUGUCCCAGAGGGAAGCACUGUAACUUCCUUCAUGUGUUUAAGAAUCCAAAUAAUGAAUUUUGGGAAGCAAACAGAGACUUCCAUUUGUCCCCUGAUAGAAAUAGCACCUCAGACAGGAGAGAAUGGUCAGGACGUUUAGAAGAGCAUGGCUUCUCCAAGCGGCAUCAUAGUCCAAGCCCUGAUUACUCAAGCAAGCGAAAUGGGGAAUCUAAGAGGCACAAAAGUAGCCAUCAUCACAAAAACAAGAAGCAUCGGUCACGCCGAUCGAGAAGCCGAGAAAGGCGGUCACGCAGCAGGGGCCGAAAAAAGCAUAAGCACAAGAUCCGCAGUCCUUCCAGAUCCAGAAGCCGCAACAGACUGUCCAGAAGCAGAUCUGGAAGCUGCAACAGAAGAUCGAAAAGCCGGGACAGAUGGUCCAAAAGCAGAUCUGGAAGCCGCAGCAAGAGAUCGAGAAGCCAGAAAAGACGGUCCAAAAGCAGAUCUGGAAGCCGCAGCAAGAGAUCGAGAAGCCAGAACAGACGGUCCAAAAGCAGAUCUGGAAGCCGCAGCAAGAGAUCGAGAAGCCAGAACAGAUGGUCCAAAAGCAGAUCUGGAAGCCGCAGCAAGAGAUCUAGAAGCCGGAACAGACGAUCCAAAAGCAGAUCUGGAAGCCGCAACAAGAGAUCUAGAAGCCGGAACAGACGAUCCAAAAGCAGAUCUGGAAGCCGCAACAAGAGAUCGAGAAGCCGGGACAGACGAUCCAAAAGCAGAUCUGAAAGCCACAGCAGGAGGUCCAGAAGCUUUGAUAGGCGGUCCAAAAGUAGAGAAAAAUCUGAGAGCCCCACAAGUCAGAAAUAGCAGACAAGGUAUUGUGGUAAAUCAAAAAUAAAAAGGCAAUGGAAGCCAUUUUGGCUUAUGGACUCUCGUGGAUGCUAUGUAUCCUCAUUUAAGGAUUAUCAACAAGAUUUCUUCGGAUUAACAACAUAGCCAAGGUUGCCCUGAAACACAUCGCAAUGAAUGUCUAUCUUUCUACAUUGACUUAUAAAUGGUCCAGUGGCUGAAUGCAGGUGUCUUUGAGGAAAUGCCAUUUUGUACAGUUGUAUGAAAAAAUGUAAAUACUUUUAAAUAAAGCUAGUUUGAAAUGAA